AUGACAUCUGCCAUGGAUACAAAAAAUUUUCGUAUUCUUUGGGGAUUGCGCAUCAUGCUAAAAUGGAAACUUUUCCUCUGGAAAUUGUGGCACAAUGGUAUUGCCACAACCCACAACUUAUACAAUCGUCAGAUUGGAACCUCAAGCGAAUGUCCAAUUUGCUUGGCUGAUAUAGAGGAUACUCAGCAUCUGUUCAGAUGGUGCCCAUUGGCUAUUGAGAUUUGGGAUCGUGUGAGUUUGGGGGUUCAAUCGCCUAGUGGGUCUAACUUGUCGUUUUGUGAUUGGCUAAGUCAUUGGUUAAUUUUUUUCUCUAAAGAGGAUAUUCAUCCUUCUCGGCUUCCGAAGUUUGUGGGAGCUUUGUGGUCAAUCUGGAAGUCCAGAAAUGACCAGGUAUUUCAGACCCAUCGGCCAACGAUUCAGUCGCUUGUCAUCCAACUACAAGAGAGUGAUAAGCAACAUGACAUUUUCUUAGCUCAGACUCACGAUCCUACUCGAAAUCCCCGCGACCCUAAUACUCCGCCGGGAUUUUGCUAUGUUCAAUUGGGGCAGCGACUCUCUGCAGCACGACCAUCAACUGUUCAAAUUGAUGGGUCUUGGGAUAGACGAACCAAUGCAGGAGGAGUCGCCUGGGCUACUACCUUUGACCCUGAUUUCAUACAAGCGCAACAAGGCAGGUUUUUUUUUGCUCUCUCAGCGCUAGCUACUGAAGCUACGACAUGUCUCAACUCAUUGCUCUGGGCGAAGUCUACAAGACAACUCAACAUUAAAAUCUUAACAGAUCCAUCUGUUCUCGUUCAACUUCUUCAAGCUGAGAAUCAUCAAGACAUUUCGCUAAAAUGGACAAUUCUACGAAUUCGAAUAUUGGGUAAAACCUUCACAUCCUGUCAAUUGCAAAAGGUUUACAGGCUACAGGUUUCGAUGGCACAUCAACUGGCCCAAUGGUGUCGGAAGAACCGUAGGGGCGUUGGUUAG